GCCGAUGUGCGCCGAGCAUUUGUUCCACGUCAUAACGACACCAGUUUCUACAAUAUGUCUUAUCCCGGAGUAGAAGCUCACACGCGCUACGCAGCCAGUCGUUCAGCUCUGUCGGCAUUGACGGGCGUAGAGCCGCUCGUGCCCGGAUUCGGCCCCGUCAUUAACCAUGUCUUUCCUUUCCGAUACCGCAUCUCCAUUCCGCCGUGCCCCGAUUUUUUCCCUAAGGACAGUCGAACUGUCUUCGUAGCUGUCAUAUCGGCUUCGCAUCAUUUUGAAAAGCGUCGAGCGAUUCGAAACACGUGGAGAACGCAUCUGAAUGCAGCGGCGCAGGAAGACGGCCCGCUACCAAUAUCAGUGGGUUUCGCUUUCGUGCUGGGAUUGCCAAACGAUGACGAAACGCAGAGUAGGAUCGAAGAGGAAAACGACCUUCACGGCGACAUCAUUCAGAUAGAGAUGGCUGACGUUUACAAUAGUUUGCCGCGCAAGGUGCUCGGCACGCUCAACUGGCUCCACGCAAACUGUUCCAAAGUCGAUUUCGCAUUCAAAGUGGACGACGAUGUCUACGUCAACGUGCGCAAUCUAGUCCAAUUUGUUCGGAACCACCACCGGUCUUAUCACAGCGUGUUUGGCUAUGGUAAUUUUGAUCGCGUUCCCAUGCGGCUGGGAGAUGCGAUGAGUCCCGAACACGUAAAAUGGACCAUCACUUUUGAAGAGUAUCCAUGGAACACCUAUCCCAACUACAUGUCCGGCCCAGCCUAUGUGUUGCACGGAAGUACGAUUCGUCUGUUAUUGGCUGCUUGCCAGACGACGCCAAUGAUUCGCUUGGAAGACGUUUACAUAACCAGCAUGUGCGCAGAAAAGGCGGGCGUCAAGAUGCAAUUCUCCGUCGGCCCAUCCUGGGUUUACUUUGAUCCAGGGCGUAUGGUUCCAACUGCGUGUGGACUCAGGCAAUACAUCGCGUGGCCAAGUGAAAAUCACACGCAUUCCCAUACGGCGGUCGAAAAUUUCUAUUCCCUCAAUAAGACGCGAUGCGAGACGAUCAACGCUGACGGAACCUACACACCAGUCGAUCCUCACGAGCCCGUCCAUUUCCGUUUUAGCCAGACAAAGACACCGGCAUCGAGCACGAUGAUCGAACAAAACUGAGCCCAAGGCUGUUGUGAGAGGGUGAACCGUUUCGGGACUGGGUGUGACGCAUUCAUUCACGGCAUGGCUGUCCAGUCUGCGACUGAGAAAUCGUUAAAACAUCAGCGCACCAACUGGCUGACCGUCUGUUCCCGAUGCUUGAUGCCUUUUGAUUUCGGCUGCGGCCAAAUGUGCAGCACCCACUCUUUUAGCUUUCACGUCAUCGACGGUGUAUCCUCUAUGGUCCAAACAAAUUACACAA